CACUGAUUCCAAUAAAAAUAAAGUGCUCCAAGAAGUGAACGUGAAUUUGAAUUAGCUCUCUCGCCUUUUUGUGUUCUCUGGUGAGGAAGUUAGUUAAUGAUUGUAAUGCAUAUAUCAGUUACAAAUCCUAGUGUUGGAAGCAAUGACAGCGACACAAUUGGGCCGGGAGACAGAUCGUUUCGAUUUCCACUUCUUAUUUUUUUAUGUGUCAAUUUACUACUGGUCCUUAUAGCGGCUAUUGUUCUAUUAAAGUCGCCAAUGUUACAAAACGAUAAACUCUGUCUUUCGGAGCAAUGCAUCAAUACAGCGUCGAAUAUCCUCCGUGCAAUGGAUCGGAGUGCGGACCCUUGCACAGAUUUUUAUCAAUAUUCAUGCGGCGGCUGGAUCACCACAAAUCCUGUUCCUGACUGGACCGCCACAUGGGAUAGACUAGCUUUGCUCCGGGAGUCUCUAAUGCAAAAUAUGAAACAACUACUUGAGCGAAGUGAUGAAAUUAAUAAUGGUAAUUUCUCCGAAAUAGAAGGAAUAAGAAAAGCGCGAGCCCUGUACAGAAUUUGCAUGGAUACAGUGACCCUUGAAUCCAAAGGGGUCGCCCCAAUUGAACAUAUCCUCGAAGUGGUAGGAUUAUCUUCAACUCCCUCUGAUAAUUACGCUAACGAGGAUUUUGAUUGGCUAUUCACAAUUGCGAGGACAAGACGUUUAUUAGGAAUAAGUCUCUUGCUAGGAAUGAACGUAGCCGAAGACGUGAGAAACUCAUCAGCUAAUAAAAUUGUGAUUGAGCAAGUCUCUCCCGGAUUCGGCGAGAGAUAUUUGCUGCAAGCAGAGAAGUUUUCAACAGAAAUAAAGAACUAUAAAAAGUACAUCACGCAGAUGCUUAGAGCGUAUACGAACUUUACAGAGGCUGAGUAUUUCGCUGAAGACAUUGUAAACUUCAGUACGCAAAUAGCAAAGAUUAUGACCCCUUCGGAAACCAGGCGAAGCCCUAAUCAUCUUUUUCAUGAAGUUAAUCUAAUUGAACUGGCGAAUGGGCCAGGAAUUGACAACGAGUCUUGGAGAUUUGUAAAUUGGACGCGAUACCUAAACAUUGUCUUCAACGACACAACCGUGUUGUUGAAUCCUCACAAGGACACGGCGAUUCUGCUCGAUUUACCCUAUUUGCAAAAAUUAUCAAAUUUAAUAAAAAACUCCGAUAAAGUUGUUUUGGAGAGGUUCCUGUGGUGGAGCGUAUUCUCAACAGUAGCCCCACUUACUUUAGCAAAGUUCCGAUCGUUGGGAUUUGAAUUUUCUCAACAAUUGUUGGGACUCCAGAGCAGAACUCCCAGAUGGAAAGGAUGUACCAGUAAUGUUAACGCCAAUUUUGGACUCGCGUUGAGUUAUCUCUACGUCAAGUCCCAUUUCGAUAAAAAUCAUCGCGACAAGGCUUUGGAAAUGCUCGAGGACAUAAGAAAAGCUUUCGAAGAUACAGUCCAUGAACUAGAUUGGAUGGAUACAACCACACGUGAAAAGACGCUGACUAAACUGCACGCAAUCAGGGCUUUUGUUGGGUACCCAGGAUGGAUUAUGAACGCGACACAACUUGACAAACAUUACAAACAAGCGCAUGUAAUCGAAGGCAAUCUUUUCGAGACUUACUUGAAUUUAACAAACGCGGCCGUUCGUAGAAACUUGGAAAGUAUCCGAAAAAAUCCUGAUCGCAAUCGAUGGGUGGCUUCCGCCACAACCGUAAAUGCAUUUUAUUCGGCGACGUUGAAUUCUGUUACAUUCCCAGCAGGUAUACUAAAGCCUCCUUUUUACGGCAACGGGAUCGAAGCUAUCGACUACGGUGCUAUUGGGGCUAUUAUGGGACAUGAAAUCACCCACGGAUUUGAUGAUCAAGGCCGAAGAUAUGAUGAACAUGGAAAUUUAAAACAGUGGUGGUCAGCUGCGACUCUCAACCAUUACCACCAAAAAGUACAAUGUAUUAUAAAUCAGUACAAUAAUUACACUAUGCCUGAUUUAGGAGAUGCGUUUCACGUGCAAGGAUACAACACGCAAGGAGAGAACAUCGCGGAUAAUGGGGGCCUUCGCGCAGCCUUUGAAGGUUACAAACGACGCGAAGCGGUUUCAAAUUCCAUGCAUCAACGGCUACCAGGACUUCCAGAUGUUACAACCGAUCAAUUGUUUUUCCUCGGCUUUGCACAGAUUUGGUGUGGGAAUUCCACUUUAGGGGCCCUUAAGAGCAAGCUAGUGGAUGGAGUGCACAGUCCGAAUCGUAUUCGGGUCCUCGGCACCCUUUCUAAUUCACGGGACUUUGCCAAAGCUUGGGGUUGUCCGUCAGGAACGCCGAUGAAUCCAGUAAAUAAAUGUGUACUUUGGUAAAUCACAAACCCUUUAAUUAUUACAUUGUUCACGUCAAUACAUGGCCCGAUCAAAAUCAGAUUUACUUCAUUUUCAUAAACCCGACGGAUUACGGGCUUUAAAAUUAUUUACAACCAGUAUUACUGAAUAAGAUGAUUUUAAUUGAUUUUGUUACUUUGUUUUACUUUUGUUUUUAUGUUUUAUAGAAUGCCAAAUUGUGAUAUAACUUGUAGGCUAGAUAGGGUUAAAAUAAUUGUAACUAUUUGAAAUAAACGUUACCACAAAA